AUGUGCGAUUGUUGGAAAUCGAAUCCAAAUGAUCGUCCUAGUAUUCUUAAUAUUGUAGAGUAUUUUUAUGGAAAAAUCAAAGAAACGAUGAAAAAUUCUAACGAUUCUUUUGUUGCAAUACAAAGCUCAACUUUUAAUUCGAGUAUUAUCAAAAGUCAACUACAUAAAUUUAAUAAUUUUAUGAAGACAAGAGAUGCGACAAAAGAAGAACAAGAAGAAUUUGACAAUCUUUCAGAGGAUGAUAAUUUCUAUAACAAUAAUAAUGAACUUAAACUAAGUUAUAGAAGCUUGCAAGAUGAUUUUGAGCUUGGUAUACCUUUGGAAAACCCCUAUGUAAUUGAUUCUGAUGAAGCUAAAAAAAAUUUAUUACCUGAUUAG